AUGUCGAGCCCUUGCACCUCCGUUUCUCGAGUUCUUCCGCGCGUUGGGGCGACGUGUGCGCGAUGUGGUGGGCUGAAGAAUGGCGGUGGCAGUCGGCCGGUAGCGCGGAGAUGGAUGAGCAGCAGUCAAGCCACAGCAAAGAGGCCCAAGACUGCCAUAUUCUUUCCUGGCCAGGGCGUACAGCGCGUCGGCAUGAUCACACCAUGGCUCGAAGCCUUCCCACGUACCGCGAAACCCAUCCUCGAAGAGAUCGACGAUACACUCAACCUGCCGCACACGCCGCUCACCAAGAUCAUUGAGUCUGGCACCAAUGCCGAGCUUACGUAUACCGAGAACGCACAGCCGGCGAUUAUGGCAACGAGUAUAUUGAUCCUGCGCAUCCUCGAGCAAGAGUUUGGGUUCAAGACAGCUGAGCGCGUCGACAUCACACUGGGCCACUCACUAGGCGAGUUCGCUGCCCUGGUAGCUGGCGGAUACCUCACCUUCCAAGACGCGCUGAAGAUGGUACGGCGUCGCGCAGAAGUCGCCAGCAAGUGCAGCAAGGAGGCCGUCGAAGCUGAAGGCGGCGAGUUCGGCAUGGUCGCUCUAGUCUGCGAAUCUGAAGAACACAUGACAGCGCUCGUAGCUGCGAUACACGAAUUCCUACGACUAGGUGGCUCGCGCUCAGACUCCAAUGACGACCUCCCAGCGGUGCAGCAAGUCCUCAUUGCGAACAUCAACUCGAAGAACCAGAUCGUGCUCAGCGGCAGCAUAGCCCGCAUCAACACGCUCCUCACGAACCUGCGCCAAUUCGGUGGCCACGAUCCGCGACACGUCCGCCUGAAAUCCGACACACCGUUCCACGGCCCGCUCAUGAAGCCCACAUACGAGACAGUCAAGCGCAUGCUCUACAAGCAGAAACCAGACGGGAGCGACAUCGUCACCUGGCCAGGCCUCAUGCCCUGCGUGUCGAACGUCACGGGGAAACCAUACGAGAGCAAAGACCAGCUGAAAGAUUUGCUAGCACGCAGCUGCAUCGAGACCGUACAGUGGUGGAAGAGCGUCAAGUACCUGCACGAAGAAGAGAAAGUGCGUCGCUACGUCGGCAUCGGGCCUGGCAAAGUAGGCAGAAACCUCGUUGGCAAGGAAGUCGGCAUGAAAGGCGCCGUCAAGGGCGGCGGCGUAUGGGCAAUCACCAGUCCAAAGGAUAUGGAAGAAGUUGUGCGCGCGCUUGACGAUACGGAAACCUGCGAAGACUGA